CUGAAGCCGCGGAGGCUGUUAGUGCUGCGCGAUCGCAGGGACUUUGGAAGACUCCCGGCCCUUUGGUCAGAACAGCAUCGCUUUGCCUUUGGCAGCUUUGCUAGAGAGGGCCCCCGAGGCUGGGAAAGGACUCAGGGGUGGCUUCCCAGCUGCACUUGGACAGGAAGUGCCUUUCGCUUUGGAAGCGCGACAGGAGCUCGUCUACACGCUCCGGCGGGAGGUCUCCCGCGAAGCCUUGCUUGGAGGGACCGGUUGGGUCGCAGGCAGGAAAAUAUGCCCCAGACACCUCCCUUUACUGCUAUGUUCGACAGCAGUGGCUACAACCGGAACCUGUAUCAGUCAAAAGAGGACAGCUGUGAAGGGCUGUGUUACAAUGACAACAAUUUGCUAUCUGGAUCUUUGGAAGCCCUCAUCCAGCACUUAGUGCCUACUGUGGAUUACUACCCCGAUAGAACAUAUAUAUUUACCUUCUUGCUCAGCUCUCGGCUUUUUGUUCAUCCUUAUGAGUUAAUGGCAAAAGUUUGUCGCUUGUGUUCCGAGCAGCAGAGGCUGGAUGAACCAGCUGCUGAUAAAAGCCGGCUACGGAAAAUUGCCCCCAAAAUCCUGCAGUUGUUAACGGAGUGGACAGAGACCUUUCCGUAUGAUUUUCGAGAUGAGCGAAUGAUGAGGAAUUUAAAGGACCUGGCCCAUCAAAUAGCCAGUGGGGAUGAGCAGAUGUACAGGAAAAAUGUACAGCAAAUCAUCCAGAGUCUCAUUCGUAAGCUGGCUUCUCUCAGUCAGUAUGAGGAGGUACUUGCAAAAAUCAAUGCAGCUUCAACGGACAGACUGACGGUUCUGAAGACCAAACCCCAGGCCAUCCAGCGGGAUAUCAUCACUGUCUGCAGUGACCCCUACAUGUUAGCCCAGCAGCUAACUCACAUAGAGCUAGAGAGACUUAAUUAUAUUGGACCCCAAGAAUUUGUCCAAGCAUUUGUACAAAAGGAUCCACUGGAUAAUGACAAGAGCUGCUAUGGUGAUCGGAAGAAGACACGGAACCUGGAAGCGUAUGUGGAAUGGUUCAACAGGCUCAGCUACUUGGUUGCCACAGAAAUAUGUAUGCCUGUGAAGAAAAAACACCGAGCAAGAAUGAUAGAGUACUUCAUUGAUGUGGCCCGGGAGUGCUUUAACAUUGGCAACUUCAACUCUUUAAUGGCCAUCAUUUCUGGAAUGAAUAUGAGUCCUGUCUCCAGACUAAAGAAAACCUGGUCAAAAGUCAAGACAGCCAAGUUUGACAUUCUUGAGCAUCAAAUGGACCCUUCCAGCAACUUCUACAAUUACCGCACAGCUCUACGUGGAGCAGCUCAGAGGUCUUUGACCGCUCACAGCAAUAGAGAGAAGAUUGUGAUCCCUUUCUUCAGCCUACUCAUCAAGGACAUCUACUUCCUCAAUGAGGGCUGUGCCAACCGCUUGCCCAACGGCCAUGUCAAUUUUGAAAAAUUUUGGGAACUGGCUAAACAAGUGAGUGAGUUUAUGACAUGGAAACAAGUGGAGUGUCCUUUUGAGAGGGACCGGAAAAUCCUUCAGUAUCUGCUCACCGUCCCAGUCUUCAGUGAGGAUGCACUCUACUUGGCAUCCUAUGAAAGCGAAGGCCCUGAGAACCACAUUGAAAAGGACAGAUGGAAGACACUCAGGUCAGUGUCAGAGGGCACUGCCAUCAAUAAAUCAUCAGACUGCAAACUUACUCUACCAUUAGACACCUUCAGCACCAAGGUUUUUACUGCAUGCCUCAACAGAUGAACGCAGUGUCAACGCUUCUGGGGAGGGUGUGAUAACGUGACUGGUUUCCUGCUGCUGCUGCUGCUGUGUUGGCAUGGAAUCUUAUCAUUUGAUGGACAUUAUUGAGGUCAUCUAUUUAUUUUCCCCUUCCUGCUUCUCUGUGCCCCCUCUCUUUCAACUCAAGUGAUGCUUUCAACUAUUAGAACUGUGCAGCUGGUUCAAACAAGUCAGCACUUUCUGUGAAGGUACAACUGCAAGCUAGCUCAAGAAUAAACAGACCAGCCUCUUAAAACUGGAUGGAUUAUCAGAUUAGAUCACAAGUCUGUGAUGUAUGAUUGAUCAAAGGCAGUAAUGAGAAAACUCGUUUGAAGAUCAAACUCUUCUUUGCAUAAUUCGCAAACACCUGGAUGGGGAUUCCACGCCGCCACCUUUUAGUUUUGCUCUGCUGCUCCUUUGAUAUGUUACAACCUGCUGCUACUUGUAUAUUUGAGUGCUGAAUUCUAAAGCAAACUUCCAUGGUUGAAAUUCCCAAUUUUGACUCUUUCACAUGUUGGGCCAAGAGAAGAAAAACCUACCUUGCCCUUAUUUCUAAGAACUUUGGCUUUCUUCAUGAGUGAAAGAGAAACAAGUUCAUGAUGGAGUAAAGUGGGCUGCUAAGAUUUUUUUUUUUUUGUCUAUUUAUUGUGGAAAGGGGGUUAAUUAUUUUUCCUUCAGUUUUUUUUUCCCCAGUCGAGUUUGCUGCUGGUCAGCACACUCUUAUGGUGUAUUAUUUGAAAAUAAGCAAUUAAAUUCAGUGCUGUGAUAGGAAAAGCAGACACUAGAAGGAUAUGUAGCAAAUGUAGCUAGACUGUAGAAAUGUCCCUCCUCCCAUUUACAGUUAUGCUGUCUUUGUUUUUUGCUUAAAAGCCACUUCUAUACUGAAAACUUAAAUCCAGUGUGAAACUAGUUUAACUUCCUGGUUUUAUCUAAAUAAUCGGGGGAACCCUUUUCAUGGUAUUUAUAAAAGAACCUUUGAACUUCAAAAUUUUGGUUCCUUUCAGUGGCCAGCUAUGACCUGAAACCUAUAUACUCCUGACUAGGGCAGAUCCAUUGAAUCACUUGCUGAAUAAUGAGUCAACACUUACCUAAAUCCCAUUGACUAAUGGGUCUGCUCUACUUAGGACUAACUAUAGAAUUUAAGCCCGUAAUAGUUAAAUAGGUUUGAAGCUGGAUUAAAAUUGUAGUAUAGAUAUUGCCAAAAAUGUCUGUACUUUUCUGUGUCUCACCACUACCACGUGUAUUAUUGGUUGAACUUUGAUUUUGUUUUCUACCUGGCAUACUACAGCUUGGACUGUAGGUAAAUAUGAUAGAAAUGUUGCUUUCACUGAGCUUUCAAAAAGCUGUCAGAGGAUAAUGGCUGUAAUAUAUGAUCUAGUAAAGCUAAAUGAAAUAGUGACAUUCCACAGACAAAGAGGAGCUUCAGCUAAAACUAUAGCAGUGAUCUGAAAACAUCUGUCACCCCUCUUUUUUGUUUGUUUGUUUUAAGAGUUUGAGCAUUUUUCAACUACGAUACAGGUCACACUGUUACACAUCCUAUGAAGUCUGUAGUAGCUCUGAAUGCGUAGCCACUGUAAUUUAAUCCCCCUAGGAAAUUCUGGAAAAACUGAAACAGCCCUUUGAGCAUUAGGCAGCCAGUGACAAAUCAUAUUCUAAAUAAAGGGACUUGUAUGUAUUUGAUGCCAAUGUUCAAAACUGAAAAUAAAUUUCAAAAGUGUACCUA